ACAGAGACACAGUUCUGUCUGUGAUUGGCGUCUUUCCCCGGAGUAAAAUGCACUCGUUAGUCGCCACUUUCGCAUUUCAGAGAUUCUUAGCGUGAAUUUUUGGGAAAUGAUGUUUAUUGACUAAAAUUUAGAGCAUGAACGAAACGGGUUCUCGAGCCUCCGGAAUGACUUCACCACGACAUACAAAUCAUCAAGCGGUAAUGGAUAGGCUUCGGCAGCGUUUCAGCGGGUAUAGAAGGCGUCACAGCGACUGCCAAACUAAAUAUACACAGUCCUUACCAGCCGUACAUGACAUAGAGAGACAGGAGGCAAUGAAUCUACACAAGCGUGCUUUGGAUAGCCGCAAUCGAAUCAUGAACGUGAACGGAAAGGCAGCAAAACAAAAUGACGUCGAAGGCAAGGUAGAAUCGCAACAGCAACUACCGAACGGGCUUGACAAACCAACGAAUACCAUCCUGCACAUUCGUGAGGUGUGUUUUCUUACUUUUUUGUUGCUUAGGGGAUUUGUUUUGUAGGUAACCGAUUUCAACAGAUGUUCUGACGGUCAUUUAUUAAGAUAUAGAUUUAUAAGCUUAGAUAUGCCAUUCUGUUGUUAACGGUACCCAAUUGUUUAGUUUGCAAUUUCUGCGCAACACACUUGCGCUUAAUGUACGUUACACUGACGCUGGUUUAUUUUACUCUGAUCCUGCCAGCAGCAAAUCCUACUAAAAAAGAGAAAACAUGAGCAAAAUAUGAACAAUGCCCUCAACUCUUUUGCGCCUUCGAACGAUGUUGACAUCAACCUUGGAGGAGAGUGCGUUUCAAGCAAGUUUCAGAGACCAGACGGUGUUCUUCUACCAGGUCAGGAAGGUUCCAACUCGAUUUCAUCAAUUAAUCAGCCCCACCAAGUGGAUCAUACAUCGGUACAAGUACACCAGUCUUCCUAUGGUGUGAGAGAGCCCUCGUACUUACACGAUGGAUCUAGAAUCGCAAUGGGCUCAGAGGCUUACGCCGGUGAAGCUCAAAGGUUGGCCUCUACUGCAUUUGCAUCAUCGGAUUUUAAACAGGAGAAGCCUGUAGUUGUUUCUUGCGAGGAACCCACACAUUCUAAUGAUGGCUCAGAGACUUUAGCCAAUGGCUUGAAACAAGUAUCCAAUUCUAAAUUUAACUUACCAGGGCGUAAAGAGUACAUACAACAAGAACUAGACUAUUUUGAUCAUGUUAUCCAACGUUUUAAUGAGGAAGGAGGCCCUAUACCUCCACAGCAUCAGACCAAUGCUUCUGUGCCAGGAUGUGAAGAUGAUUUAGGUCAGGUGCCUGAAACUCAGCCAGGAACUCACCACUCUAAAUCACAUCAGCUGAAAGAGAUUGCCCGUUUGAAGACGCAGCGUGCACAAGCACAGCAAGGUGUACCUUACAUUGACAGUCAAAGUCAUGUAAACCAGCAGUUUCCACACCAGCAUGCAGCCCAGUAUUCCAUUGGUUCAACAGGACAACAAGCACCUUCCUUACAACAUCCUUACACAGCAGGCAAAUAUCCUGGAGGCAUUCCUUUGAUUUCUAAUGAUCAACAGCAAAUACUACCAGAGCCAAAUCAUCCAGUAGCCUCUCUUGCUGGUGGUUUUCCCCGGCAAUUUGAUUCUCUUCAGUAUCCGAGAGGGCCUGCAUCACAGUCACAGCAUCAGCAACAACAGCAACCAUUUUAUGGCUAUUCUCAAACCAGUGCACCAUCAUCAAAACUAUCCCAUAUACCAUCGCAAGUUCAACAGUUAUAUUCCCAAAGGUUUUCAAGCCAGCCAGUUAUACCUACAACACAGGGAGCACGGUUAGUCACACCACUUACCUCACCUGAUUUAGCAAGAUACUCCAUUUCUAGGUCACAACCACAAUACCAACGCCAAACCUCAAUGCCACCUUUACAGAGCCAAGCAUUCCUCAACUCUGAUACACAAUACCAAUGUCAAGUAGCUGGCUUUCAAGAAGACCAUCCUCGUUUUUCCAGUCCUGUAGCUGACCCAAGCACUGUUUAUCAUUAUCAGCGGAGAAACUCCUUCCCUAUUUACCACCGCAAUAAUACCCAAACACAAGGAAAUCUCUCUCAUGGCAUGCAGCAAAAUUUGGGAUCUAGCCAAGCCAGUCUUCUAAGAGGUGUUUUGCAAAACCCCUCUCAAAAUAUGAAUCCCCCAGACAGAGAUUCUUUUCUGAUGAAUCCAAACUUAAAUAUGUCUUUGCAAAGUACCAUACAAUCAAGCUCUGUUUUGACUGGGAGGUCCCCUACAACAAAUGGAGAUUUGAACCCAGGAGUACCAAGGUCACAACAUUCAUCUGUUAUGUAUAGAAACAAUGCUCCUCUUAAGUCUACUUCAUUGUUACAACAAGGAGGUAAAUUUCAAGGUGCAAGUAAUGCAAGAAAGGGCACACUGGAUGGUAACAUGUCAGUUCUAACUCCAACAUCUGUGGCACUUGGGGAUAUGAAUGAGCGACAAUCAUCACUGGCAAGCUGUGAUGCACAGUUUAGUGCUUAUUCACCACUGAAUGCACUUGAUAAAGCACCAUCAUUUACUUCUCUUUUGGAGCAGUCUGCAAUUAAUCAAGGUAAUCUAGAAACCACAUAUACUGGGUCAAUACCAAACUUGGAUUUGCUUGGAGAGAUUUUAGGCCAAUGAUAAUCCAGGCAAAACAAGCUUACUUCAAAGGAAUGACUAAGUGCAUGCCUAAGUUAUAUGUUAGAACUUCACAAAUAAGAAAUAAUAGGUGGCAGACUUAGCCUUGUUCAUGAGUACAAGUCAAAUUUAAUGGAAAGUAAUCAAUGCUUUACAUUGCCUAAUUUCAUACCGUGCGGGGGCCUGGCACUACCGGAUUUUCCCAGACUUUUUAAAAAGUCCAGUUUCAAAAUGGCGGAUAGUCAGAGUAAAAACUCAAACGAAAGCAUUCUCCUUUGAAGAAAUAUUGAUCAAUAUUCUCUUGGAGAAUCUGUCUAAACUUAGUAAGGAAAGGAUGCGGUAUUUCUGCCAUGCCCUGAAGCUAAACUUAAGGAGCGGACACUCAGCAAGUGCAAGCAAUUGUUUGAUGAACAGGUCGCUCGAACCAAACAUGAUUAUAAAUUUUCUACAGCAAAGGAUUCUCUGUUUAAUUCUACCCGCAUAUGAAAAGUAGAGGAUCAUUGUGGGAAAGAACACAGAUGUGGCAUGAUUGUGCAUGUACCAAUCAUAGCCCAAGUACGCUGUAGCAAAACUUAAAAGGGCAGUACGGAAGGGCUUACUUGGAUUAUUCCCGUCGCGGAAAAGAGUAAUGUCCGUGAAAGGUAAUGAGUGUAGUGAACUUUGUGGCAUUAUGUAUGUUAAACCUAGUGAUGUUCACAUGAAGGAAGAUAAGGGACUAGUCUAUACUCAGUGCAUGCUAGCCAAAAGGUAGAUGUACGUGACAUUCUUGAUUGUAAUUACAAGCUGAUUGCCCAAAUUACAGGAACUGCAGUGUUACCGGACGAGAAAUGCCUCUCAAGUAAGACUUAAGUAUACUUGCUUUUAUCCAUGUUCAGUGAGAAUUGUUUCCGGUCUGAUCUUUAGGAUUGCUACUCAGACCGUACGCAGCGACGGAGAGAAAAUCUAAUGUAAGCCUUGCCGACCUAAUAUACAAUGUUGCCCUUUCACUCGGGUCACUCUGGCGUGUUUCGUGUUUUGGUAGUUUUUAUUUUACGGUUUGUAAAAACAGGUCCCCCCCCGCUUGCUUAUCAUUCCCCAAUAUUCGGUCGGAUCCAGGGCCGUAAAAAGAGCUAAACUCGACGGUUCUUUGUUCAAAUUUUUUGUCGAACAAUUCGGGAAUCCUUCCAAUACUUCCAAGUAGCGGAAGUCUCCAAUUAGAUCUUUCUUUUCUCGAAAUUUUUAAUCGAGGUUCUUUAUCACAGUAAAACAACUGUUCUUAUAUUUAGAAUAUUAACUUUCUGGAGUAAUCUGGCCCUUAAUAUCGUUUCAACUAUACGCAAUGACCUUUGCUUUACCUUCUGUUUGGAAGCCAUUUUUAAUCCGGAAUUUAAAAAGUCCGGAAAAUCCGGUAGUGCCAGGCUCCCGUGUGGCAUGAAAUUAGGCAAUGGUGAAUGACAGAGAGCAAAAAGGGACAGCUAUUAAUUUUUUUUCUAAAUAGUUAGUAUUAUUUGUCUUUCUCUCUUUGUUUUGAUUUUCUUGACAUGUGACAGAUAGAAACAUCUGUCAGUCAGAGUUACAGAUGUAUACAGAUGUACAAUAAUGUAAUUGACAAUCUGUUCAUUUAGUUUUUGUGUAGACAAGCCAUCCCAUCAGUCAAAUCUUUUGCACAGUAUCUUUUCAAUUCUUUUAUGUACAUGUAAGGUCAGUAAUCAUUGAUGCUAUCACUAUAAGUUCCAAAAUUAAGUACAGUUUAAACUUUGCAUCUCAUGGUAAACAUUUUGAUUUAAGAUACCCAAAAGAGCUUUUGUCCAGAUCUUUGCACUUGUCACCAGGGGUUUCAUUAAGAAUUGUAGUAGCAGGAGAAGAGUGUAAAGUAACAGGAGAAUAUUUUGCCAGAGCGAAGCCCUUUCCCGGAAAGAGCUUGAAAAUGAGUCAGGAAACCCUGCUGAGAUGGCUUUUCCUUCUGUCUCAUAGCAAAUUUUAUUUCUUGUAGCUGCCUCAGGGAACAAAAAACUCCGCAUACCUCUACAUGGUUUCAAAACAUUUUUUCUUCAAAUUAAUAGGCAUACUGUUAAAUUAUGAUUGACUUCUAACCCUGUUACACACUCCUAGAGUUGUGACUUACCAAAGAGUGAAAAGAAAAUAAUUCUCAAUAGAGUGUUUUCACAUGACGUCACGACAGCCAUAUUGGUGUCCCAAACCAAUCCUGUGGGAGUUGAACUCUUUUCUUAUGCAAAUGCUUUUUUUGUUCAAAUAAAUUUGCAUAGAUGCUGGCUACGUGAGUGAAAAUGCUCUAUAGGCUUUAACUUCAACUCAAUAUUUUUCAGAUGUUUUUAAUAGUGAAAGCACGAGACGUGAGAAACUUUUCCCAUCUCUGUUGGUGACACGUGCUUGCGCUAGAAGGAGCACAUUUAAACAAAUGCGCUAUUAUUCCAAACCUUCGGUUUAUUAGACGAUUAUUUUGUUGAAUAUCGAUGAAUAUCUCUUCUUUUUUCCUCUGCUGUUACAAUUUAUAAUGUGCUGUUUUAGAAGGCAUUGGUUGUCUUUACACUAGGCUGUUAAGUAAGACUUAAGAGCUGCUAAGUUUUACUUAACCAAGAAUGCGUGUGUGAAGGCCUAAGUAAAAUCUCAAGUAACUUUACUUUGCAUCUCAUUCAAGUCGGAAAGUUGAAACGAUUCAAGAAAGUUUCAAGUGACUUGAAAACCAUCCUUAAAACCGACUUAGCGAACUUGCGGUUUCUUGAGCUUUGAGAAUUGCGAAGCAUGUCAGUCAAUCUUAAUUAUGUUGCAUGAGAAAAUAGGCUUAAGUAAACCUGAAGAAAAAAAAAUAGGUUUUGUGUGAAGCUUUCUUUUACUUUAAGAAUUUAAAAUUUACUUGUCUUGAAAUAUUUCUUAGCUUAUCUAGGCUCUAGUUUAAAGACCACCAUUGUUAAAAUAGAAAAAGCUCAAAAUUUUCAUUUGCUUCAUAGUAAUUUGAUACUCUGUCAUUUAUGUACGGUACACAUCGGCAAAUUUAUUUCCAUAGCAGUUCACAAAGAAAUCAUUUUUUUAUUCAUCAAGGUGUUUUGCCUGGUAACUUUGCCUCUGUGAUUGUUCUUCAAGUACUUUAUUUUGUUUCAUGUUUUGCCUUCAUUAGUAUUUAUUCAUUUAAUAAUUUUUUGCAUGCAAAGAAAAAAGCGUUGAGCAUACAGUCAACUUUCCAUACUUCAGCAAAUUGUCUAAUACUUUACACUUCCCCUGUUAGUUUUGUUGGGCUUAAAACUGCUAGUUUUUGUUGUUGAUAUUUAUUCAGGAAUUUAAAGCAAGUGGCAAAGCGCUAAAAUUACACAUUUCUGGGAAUAAUUUCUUUAAAUUACAUAAUGUAUCCACAUCUGAUUUGUACAAAUAAAAUAGACAUACUUCAUCGAAAUUUAGUCAGAGAAUUAUGCAUAGUAGAUGGGGAAUUCUCCGAUCUCUGAUGCUUCAUGAAACCCCUGUGUCACAGAUGUGGACAAGAGCUUGUUUGGACAUGUGCAUGUUUUCCUGAGCUAGGAAGUUACUUGUACUAGUACCAGGAUAGAAGACCUCAUAUCACAUAUUUCACAUGGUAGUUUUUUAUGUUUUUGUUGACUCAAUGAAGGAUGCCUUGCAAAAUUAUGAUAACAUCUAUGUAACUGAGAGUGGUGAAAGCCAAAAGAACAGAAAUCUAAUGUACAUCAGUAACUAACCAUCAGUGAACCUGUCUGCCACCUGUUGUUCCAAGAUUUAUAGUGACAAGGUGAACUAGCUGAUCACUAAAAUAAUUUGGCUCUUAGUAUUUUUUUGUGGAAUUUAGCCCUUUUAACUCAAGGAUUAAUGCUAUAGUUGUAUGUCAAGAUUCUUCUUAGGAGUGUAGAGGUCUCCUCUAAUUUUUGGAAUUAGAUCUUGGUACAAAUCUUAACAGAAGCAAAUACUGUUGGUCUUUGGUGACUGCUGCAUAUUACAGGGUUAAAUUAUGCCAAAAAUUUGAGCUAUAGGCAGUGUGGCCAAGUGGUCAGUACAUUGGACUUGCAAUCUGGCAGUCUCCAGUUUGAGUCCCAUUCUGGCCACUUGCUGGAUUUGUUCUUAGUCAUCCCAAGUACAAAUCCUUGGCCACUCUUUAAACUGGUUGCCUCCUACCAGUUGGGUUUUUAAAUCCUAUUAUUUUAUAUUUGAAUUAUUUGUUUCUAAGUAUUUGAGUGGAGUGCCCGUAAACUAGCUGGAUAAGCUAGGUGCACUUUCCACUGUAAACAAACCUUUAAACCUUUAUAGAUUGAUGACUUGGUUUCUGGUACAUGCACCCUGAUCAUGGUGGUUUUUGAGUUUCUUCUAUGUAUUUUGUGUAAUCCAGCAGACAAGUUAAGAAGUGUAUUUAGCAAGUAGGCCAUUUAUAACAAAGCAAUUACUACAUGUAACCAGAAUAUGAAUUUGGCAAUAUUCAGUUUAUAAAUUGAUGGCCCAUAGAUGCAUAGAAUCAGCAUCUUAACAUGAUGUUUUCGCAGUAUUGAAAAUAGAUUUACCAGCCAACAUUAGAAAUGGUUGGCUUUACACACUGUUACAUAAUACAAAUAUGUGCUUCUGAAGGGAGUUCAACAGUUAAAAUUGUUAACAAUAAUGAAUAAGUUAGACUAGUUUAGACUUUUGUAAUCACCUUUUUUAUUUAAAUAAUGUUUCAUCUAGAUAUGUACUCUAAGAGUAACAAGUGCUCAUCAAUAGAGCUUUUCUUUUACUUUUCUUUUUUAUUUUCACAGUUUUAAAAAACAUGCAUAUAGUUAUAGCUAGGUGAGAAUCAGUAAAAUAAAUAAAAUAUUGUAAUCAAUUUGUUGUAGGUUGACAGCCAAUAAUAGGGGAGUGGUUAUAACAUUAGCCUGCGUCGCAGACAUAAUUCAGCCUCAGUAACAUCUGCUAAGCAGCCGUGAGAUCCUUGCUCUGGGCCCCCAGCAGACUCAAAAAAUUACUGAAAGUGUUUUUCGAAUUCCCUUUCAUCCUGAUUGGAAAAUCGACCAUACUUUUUAACUGGCUAAUCAUGGCACAUGCGCAAAUCCUGGUACACAGGUGGGGGCCCAGAACAAGGAUUUUGGCGCUGUUUCACAGACAGACUUAACCAGAGUUACGUUUCGUCUGUGGCACAGGCUAUCAUAAAGUGUACUCAAGAAGGACCAAGUUUCCCUUCCAAUGAGGCUGAUGGAUACAGAUCUUAAGCUUAAAAAUUUGGAGAUUAAGCAAACAUUUUGUAUGUGUGAAUAAACUGCACAGGGAUAUUAAAUUUCAUACUUCAUGCUACGCGCACUGUGAUUGGUCAUUGCCCGUGACCUAUUAGAGUACAGAUACAUGAUACGUCAAAGGAAACUUGUUUUCUUUGUUUGUUCAACAUGGCGCGUGGUUUUGAAAAUGUUUGUGAAAUUAUUUUGGAUUUUAAAGCAAGUGAAAGCCUCAAAUAUAGUUUAGCUGGAGCUAUUUACAAAGAAGAAAAAUAGAGAAACAGAGUCAAAAAGAG